UAUUCCCCUCACAUUCGUCUCAUAAUUCGCUUACCCUUUACGGAUCUACGCAUUACAGUCCCUCUUCUACAACAAGCCCUAACCCUAACUUUCCUUCUAUACAUACCAAUGGCCAGCGAUUCCCAAGAACCUUCCCGUCGCAAGCACCGUCGCUCGUCCGACGACGAGGCGGAUGAACCACCGAAACGGCGCAAGCACCGCCGACACCAUCGCCACCGUCAUCACCACCACCGUCACAGCAGCAAGAAACACGAAGAAGACGGAACCACACGUGAAGAUGAAAUUAUAUCUGUGGAAGAAACCAAACAGGAAGCGGAGCAGGCGGUUGCUGUACGUCCUCCUACGGUUGGUGUUGUGGUUUCGAGUUCUAAUUUGGGGCUUGAUUAUGAUAUGGAGGAAGGUGAGAUUGUUGAGGAUGAGGGUUUAGGCGGUGGAGACGGUGAGAUGGUGAAGAAGACGGCUGAUUCUGAUGUGGAGUCAGGUGAAUUCAAGGCGGCUGAGGUUCACGGUGAUUUCGAUAAUUCCAACAUGGGAAUUUGUGAAUCUCAAGGAUGGCUCGGGAAAAAUUCUAAUUUUUCUCUGGAUGAGGAUUUGGAAAGAGUAGGUAAGGAUAGACUGACAUUGAGGGAGGACAGGGGUGAUGGGGAUUUGAUGUCUAAGUCCACUGUGGGUAGGAAUGAGUAUUUGAGUGAUGGUAGCAAGAUCCAUGAUGAUGUUGGUGUGGGGAGAAAUUCAAGUGCUGAGCAUCUUACUAAUGGGAUUACUGGAAAUGAAUCAUGUGAGGAAGACACCAGGAAUCACACAGGAUCUGGGUUCUCUGUUGAUGGAAGUGGGAAACAAAAGAGCUACUAUGAUAAUGAAAAUGAUUUAAGGAAUCAAGAAAAAUCAUCAUCGGAAAAGGAACAAAAGAGGUACAAAACCCCCACAUUGCCAUACUCUCGUGACAGACAUCGGGAAGAGGAUCAUAAGAGGCACAGAUCGGGGUCUCGUGAUAGGGCUGGGGAAAGGUCUCGCUCCCAAAGUGUUUUUCGAGAGGCUUCCCAAAUCCCACUCCAACAUAAUGGAGCAUCAUAUAUGGACAAGAAUCAUAAAAAUGAUUCAGACGACGAAUGGAAAAUCAGACGUGAUAGGGACUAUCGAGAUGGAAAUAGAGAUUUGUUGAGGGAUCAAGAAAGGGACCAUAGUUCUAGUUAUGCUAGGCAUACUUGGCGUGUAGACAAGCAUCGAGAGAUUCGGGAACGAGAUAGGGAGGAUAGCCGGGAGGCUAGGGAGGGAGAUGUAGAGGUGAGGGAGAUGGAUAGGGAUAGAAAAAGAGAAAAGGAACUAGACAAGAUGCGAGAAAGAACCAGGGAGAGAGAUAGAGAUAUGGAGAGGGAGAGGGAGAGGGAGAGGGAGAGGGAGAGGGAAAAGAGGAGGGAGAGGGAGAGGGAGAGGGAGAGGGAAAGGGAGAGGGACAGGAGGAGGGACAGGGAUAUUGUGAGGGAUAGAAAUAGGGAGAGAGGUAGAGACAAAGAUGACAGGGUUAGCAGGCACAGUAAAUAUGAUGAUGUUGAUAACGGCUAUGGUGAUCGAGAUAGGUAUAAUGAUUCGAGGCAUAGGAGACAUGAUGAAAAAGACCGCAGAGACCGACCAAGGAAAAGUGAUGUAGAAACAAGUCAUGGUUCCAAAGGUGAUCCUUCUGAACAGGAUAUUGAGAAACUUAGAAGAGAUGAAGCUGAACAAGAGGACUAUCAGGAAAGGGUUGCAUUGCAGCUUGCUGAACAGGAAGACGAAAAUCUUGACAAAAUCAAGGAGGAGAGUAGAAGACGAAGGCAAGCCAUUCUUGAAAAGUAUAAAUAUCAGCAGUUACAACAACAAAAUGAGCCUUCCUUAGAGGAUGCGGUUAAGCAGCAUGAGGAACCACCUUCCCAACUUGGAGCAGCUGGUACUGUUGUUCUAGGAGUUAUUGAAGAUCAGAAUGAUGGUGCGGAUGUGUAUGUUGCUGAGCCAUCAUUUUCUGUGGGAAAAUCCCCUCCAGAAAACGACCUUGCUACUGUUGAGAGGACUUCUGGUGCGGGGGGACUUGGAGAGGGUACUCCUAAGAGUGAGAGAGAUGACAUGUUCUGUGAUGAUAUAUUUGGAGAAUCACCCACUGGUGUUCGUAAAUCGGGUAAAGGAGAUGGCUUGGCAAUUGAAAGGAGUGGCCUUAAUGACAAUUGGGAUGAUGCAGAUGGAUACUAUAGUUACCGUUUUGGGGAAAUACUUGAUGGUCGAUAUGAAGUUAUUGCUGCUCAUGGGAAAGGUGUCUUUUCAAUGGUGGUUCGUGCAAAGGAUCUUAAGGCUGGGCCUGGUGAUCCAGAAGAAGUUGCAAUAAAAAUAAUACGUAAUCAAGACACCAUGUAUAAGGCUGGUUUAGAAGAGCUGGUCAUAUUAAAGAAGUUGGUUGGUGCAGACCCGGACGACAAGCGCCACUGUGUUCGUUUUUUUUCUAGUUUUAAGUACCGGAAUCAUCUUUGUUUAGUUUUUGAAUCUCUUCAUAUGAAUCUUCGUGAGGUUCUAAAGAAGUUUGGCCGUAAUAUCGGUCUUAGAUUGACUGCUGUGAGAGCAUAUGCAAAGCAACUCUUCAUUGCAUUGAAGCAUUUGAAAAACUGUGGCGUACUUCAUUGUGAUAUUAAGCCAGAUAAUAUGCUGGUAAAUGACGCAAAAAAUGUUUUGAAGCUUUGUGACUUUGGUAAUGCCAUGUUUGCUGGUAAAAACGAAAUCACUCCAUACCUUGUGAGCCGCUUUUACCGUGCCCCUGAGAUAAUUUUGGGAUUGCCUUAUGAUCACCCCUUGGAUAUGUGGUCAGUCGGUUGCUGUUUGUUUGAGAUUUACACCGGAAAGGUGCUUUUUCCUGGUGCUACAAACAAUGACAUGCUUCGCCUUCACAUGGAAUUGAAAGGUCCAUUUCCAAAGAAGAUGCUUCGAAAGGGAGCAUUUACGGAUCAGCAUUUUGACCAGGAUUUGAAUUUUCUUGCCACAGAGGAGGAUCCAGUGACAAAGAAGGCUAUAAAGAGGCUGAUGGUUAAUAUCAAGCCAAAAGAUAUUGGUACCAUAUUUUUGAGCUCUCCUGGGGAGGAUCUGAAGAUGUUAGCCAACUUCAAAGAUCUUUUUGAAAAAAUUUUCGUGUUGGAUCCAGAUAAGAGGAUUACAGUAUCACAAGCAUUGAGCCAUCCAUUCAUCACGGGCAAGUGAACAAAUGAUGCUGAUUCCAGAAAUGCUGUUGCCCUAGAUAUUUGUACAUUAUUUUUAGAUGUCUAAUCAUUGGGAUUUUAUGUUCUCUGUGCUGGCUUGAGAGCUUUGGACACAGUUCUUGGCGUGGUUGAAGCUGUGACAGAGAUGAUGUUUGGUUGGGAGACCUCUUACAUGGCGGUUCUUUCGGUGGAAUAUGUUCUGUUUCUAUUGAUGUCUUCCAGUGCUAUGAAGCAACAUUCAGUGCUUUAGAUGCUUAAAAGGCACUCUGGAGAAGGUACCUUAGUUUGUUUAUUAGGAGCUUAUUGUGACACCCUUGAUAUGAUAUUUGUUGUAAGUUUAGUUUUUUUCACUGUUAACAUCAGUUCUGGUUAUGAUGGGAAUUGAUAUGAGUAGAAUUCAACUUUUCUUUCAAAUUCCUCAUGUCAUAAGUUAGUUUAUCUGCAUUCUCUGGGUGCAAAUUAUAGAAUUGGGAAUUGUUUGUGGUGCUUAUAGUAUUGUAACUCCAUGGAAAGAAGCUAAUGCUUUUACGAUUGCUCUGGAUGGGACGGAGUCUUAUUAUUUAUAUGUUGGACAAGCAACUAUUCUUUUCUAGUUCCCAACAUUUGUCAAUGUCGAUGUGUUUAUUUGACACGUAUUACUGUGUUCCUAGUAAGCUUAUCUAUAUAUAUGUACCUUUGUGUUGAUGUUGGUGAACCACUGAGCUUUGAGUUCUUGCUUUGUUGAUUCUUCAUUCUGUCUUUAAUUAAGUACAUGUUCUAAUAAAAUUACAUUGCAUCUGAUCCAUGGCUUGGUCAUUCUGGAGGAAUAUAUACUGGAGGUGCACGGGUGCCAGCUUUGAAGUGAGAUUAAAUUUCAGGUGUGCCUCCCAUGCUUCUUCAAGUCUUGUAAGUAUUCUUAAUUUGUUUUUUUCAAAUGUUUGUCUUAAAGUUGCAUUUGGAUUCCAUUGUGGGAUUCUUGUUUCGCUUUCAACUACUGUGUUAUGUUCUACUGUUUACAACUGUUUGUUUAUAGUUUUGCAUGAAUCAUUUGUUGCAUAUUAUUUUGGGUGGGGCUAUUCCAAUCCCACAAAUAUCCGUUCCAGCCCCUUACACUAUAAAUCAUAAAACUAUUAAGGUCACCCUUUUUAUACCCACCCAACUAAUAACUAAGUUUAUCCCGUUCUAUACCCAUCUCAUUGAUAAUAAAACUAAUCUCAAUUUUUACCAUCUCACAAAGUCUAUACACAAAAUGUACUCAACUGAAUUCAACUCCGGGUUUCUUUCAUGUAAAUUGCUUCAACUGUGCCGUCCGAUCUCUAUUUUCUCCGAUCUCAUCGUCGGAAUAGUACUCGGAUUUUACUAUGUGCUUCUCUUUCUUCCUUUCUUAAUCAUUGGUUAAAGGAAUUCGCUGGGAAAAAGUUCUUCACACGCAAUUUCUCAAUAUAUAGAAAGAAAUCUCUUGGAGUCUUCAUUGGAAGAGGUCGCAUUUGAAGCUAAGUUACUUGAAAAGGAAAAUAAAAAGAUCAUCAAGUCUCUCUUUUCGAAUCACACAGUCUGUACACAAUUAUUUGGUCAGUUUUAAUAGAUAAUCCAGUUGAAUAUAUUUUAGUUAAGAUGGAGAUAAGUUUAGUUAUUAAUGAGGUAGGUAUAGAAUGGGGUAGAUUUAGUUAUUAGUGGGGUGGGUAUAGAUGAGGUGAAGUUAAUAGUUUUAUAAUUUAUAGUUUAAUGGGGUGGGAACGGAAAUUUGUGGGCGGGAAUAGUCCACCCUAUUAUUUUUGGGUGGAAUGGUUCUUAGAUUUUUAAGUCUGCAAUAUUAUUUUGUCCUCGCUAAACAAAGUAUUUAGGUUUUAAAUGAUUUCCUUGGAUUGUGAAAGCUUGAUUCAAGCCUUUCUGUUGUUAGACAACUGGAGUAUUACCAUAUAGUUAAACUUUAGUAAUUUAUAAGUUGUAACCUAGCUAACUGUAUAUUUGUUAUUGUAUUCUUUCUGAUAGGGUGAAACGAUGGUUUUACAUAAACCUUUGAAAACAAGAAAUAUAUUUAUUAAACUCUUUUUGACUUGCUAUUUGUGUUUUUUUUAAAUGUUGACAAACUGGAGAUAGUGCACCUUUAUGAAUUCUCUAUCUUACGAAAUUGUUUGUUCUAUUCUAUUGGUUGCCCGUAAAACAUGGAUCCUAUUUCAUUAUUCCUCUGUGAAGGAUUUUAGCCUUUAAUGACGCACUAUCAUGUUUUUCAUGGCUUAUCUUAUCCAUAGUUUUUCAUUUCGCCAAGGUCAUCCUUGGGUGAUAGGCCUAAGCUAAAAUAAAGUUUCGUUAUAUCGCGGAAUAUUCUAUCAAUUUUUUCUAAAAAGAAAAGAUAUGUGUAGUUAUAUAUCCAAAAAAGAUAUAAAAUUCCUAAUAGAUUAGAUGAAAUCUCAAUGAAUCCCAUGAUUCAGUGUAUUAUUCAUUAAAUACUUUGUAUAUCUUAAUUAAAGAUUUUGGUGCAUAGAGAUUGCCCUAUUCCAUUUUUUGGAAUUAAAUUUAUUCAAUAACUUUGUGUCUAUAUUGGGAUUUAUUUGUUCACAAAUUACAAGGGGUACGCUUUGUACAAGUCUUCAUAAUAUGAGAAGCAUCAACGAAUCCAACUCGAAUAAUUCGAGACCUGGGCCAAGAUAUUCAAUACUCGGAUUGGACUUGAGCAAAUAAAUCCUAAUCUGAUUUAAAUCUGGUGUAGUACUUGGGUUAGGGUAUCGAAUUACUCAAGUUCAACUCAAACCGGUAUUAAACCCUUUUGGUAUAAUCGCCCAACUUUAUAAUGGUGCACUGCCCUACCUCUCAGAAUCUGUCAGACUCAUGUGACUGUGUGAGCCUCUCCCUUCACCCUGAAUAAUUUUCUGUCUCUCAACCAUGGCCGACUCUGGUUUUUUUUCUCCCUUCAUGCCAAUGUCCUACCAGAGAUGUUGUUGAUUACCCAUUAGGCCUCACCUUUAGCACCUUGACCACGAUCAGCUUGGACGCUUCUAGCUAGUGUUGAAUUGAAAGGGUACCUGAACUACUUUUAGAUUCUUAUCUAGAUGGGUUCAUAAAUUCCUCCCUUUUUUUAUUUUAUUGUUUCUCUAUUUAUGUGGGUUGGGGAUUAAUAUGACUCGGUUGCCUCUGAUCCGAUAAUUAUACAAGAUACAUAUACAUUGCGAGUAAGACUUGAAUCGGUCAUGACUCGGCUAUAUCGAUACAACUUGGAGUCGACUCGUUUGAUUUUGAUGAGUUAUACUGGUUUUGAACUGAUGUGGUGAAAUCUCUGGCAAAUUGAGCAUUUCAAACAAAAAAAAGCAAAGAUCCAAAGCCAAAAGGAAAGGAAGAAGAAAAGAUGAGACCCACAUAGGUAAAUCUUUGUACAAUUUUGCAAGAAAAAAAGCCUGAUUGAAAAGGACAUGAAAGAUAUCAGAAAUCUGAGAUCCAAAGGAAAAACCCAUGUUCCUAUAAUAUUGAAGAAUCCCUUCGUCUUGUGCAAACUACAGAGUCCAAGACUCACUUUUUCAAAGAAAAAUCUAUAACUUUCUUUUCCCUUGUGGUUGGGUAAAAGACUAAAAUAUCCUAGUGUGUAAUUAUUAAAAUUUUAAGUGAUCUAAAAUUGCAUAUAUUUGUAUUUGUAUUUUUAAUUUUUAUUUAAAGCUAUAUGUUGAAUCAAAUUGGGCACAAAUUUAAAAUUUAUGGAUAAAUUUUUAUAUGAUCUAUGGUUUGAAUUGUUCUUCGAUAUUUAAAUUAAAAGAUAAAUUAAAAGAUAAUGAUGAUACAUAUUGUCGAUAGUGUAUUAUUUUUGUAUAUUUAAUGUGUUAGAUGAUAUAUUACGAGCAUAUUAUGCAUGAAUAUUGUUAUUCGUAUUUUUUUAAAAUUUAUUGUGAUUUUUCAAUAAUUUUUUGGGUCUUCUAUCUAUCAUUUUGUGCGGAUAGGCUGAUACCUCGACUGAUGUGUAUUAGUUCCUUCCGAGUUGCUGUUUGAUACUGCGACCAUGAACCAUGAAGCUUUCCCUUUGGUGGAGAUGGGAGAUGACAAUUAAGCUAGUAGCUGUUGAACUGAAAUCUGAACUGUCGGAAUGUGGACUAAUUUAAGCCACUCAAGGUUACACAGACCACACAAUAUUAAUUAUUCAUUUCUUAACAGAAAUAAAGCACAUGACCACCAAUGUAGUGCAGCACCAAAUAUGAAAUUCCCAAAACAACCAGGUCCAAGAAAAUAUACUAAAUAUGCCACAAGUUGAGACUUUGUUAGACUUAGUGAUAAGAUAGGAUGCUUGCCAGAGAGUAGCACAGAAUCUGGUCCAAAAUUUGUGUCCCAUAUGAAGUACACAAUCUGGUUUAUGCAUUCUGAUAUAUCUUCCCUUGAUAGUAUUGCAUUUCCUUAUAAAAUUUGGACCACUAUGAUUUUAGUCCAUGAUUUUAUUGUUCCGAUUUUUCUGUGUACUUUGGCAAAAAACUAUCCAGUUUUUAUUCCUGAAAUCUGAAUGGCCUGCUUAAUUAAGAUUUUAGACGAUGUAUUCUGUUUUUGUCCUCAGAUUCUCCGAGUGGCAGUUUUUGUAGUUUAUGUUGCUCAUCUUAGAUUUGAUUCGUCUUUCAUCUACUUAAUAUGUAUGGUGAGUCUCCACAUCGAUAAGACCCCUCUCAAAAUUGAUAGAAGAAACCUUGGCAACAACCAAACCCCACCCCCACCAAAAAAACCCCCCUACCCAUCAAAACCCAAACGCCCGGCACACUUCUCUCUUAAAAACUCACAAAAAAAUAGACAUGCAUAGAGAAAACAAAGAUUUAAAUGUGGGGAAGCACAACCAGCUUUCCCUUUAAAGGAGCAAAAAUAUACUUAUCAGGGGUGGAGCCACACUCAAUUAUUUUUUGCAAAAUAUUUUCUAGAUAAAUUUUAAUAUAUUCUAGAUUUGCCCUCACGCAAAAAUUUUCAUACACUUUAAUUUGGAUUAAAUUUCUUAACUUUCAAUUAGGUACCUUAUAAAUGUUUAGUUAGUUGAAUCCAUCACUCUCUGUGAUCUUUUCCUAUAUCUAGUCCUCUCUUCCAUACCGAUGUUAAUUUGGACAUAUUGGAUAAUGACUAAUGAGAUUAUCGUAUAAUAUGUUUCUAUUAUAAAAACUAGUCGGGGACCAUUGCAAAAGGUAAGGUUACUCCAUUCCAAGUGAUAAGGAUUCACGCCGCAAAAAUUUCCUCUCAUAUAUAUAUAUAUAUAUAUAUAUAUAUAUAUAUAUAGGGUAAGGCUGUAUAUAUCUUACCCUCCCUAGAACUUACAGUAACAGUAGUCCGGGGUACCUCUUUUUAUUUACUAUUAUUUCAGUUAUUUUAAUUUUUAAAUGAGCAAUGAUAUAGAUGCCUUAAUUUGAAGAUCUAAUGUUUUUCCGUCAUUGAAUUGCCAGCGAGUCUCAUCAUUAAAUGCGUUCUAUUUGCUAAAUCAACAUUAACUAUGCACAGCACCCAAAAAAAUAAAAUAAAGAAAAGAAGUGACUAUGCAUGGUUCUCUAAAUUAGGUUCUCAAAUUAAGUACAUAUAGUAUUAUUAUUAUUAUAAUCUGCCCCCACUAUGGUAAAUUUCUAGCUCCGCCCCUGAGCAGGAUUCAUAGAUUAGAAUUAAAGAUAUUUGCAACCAACUGUAUCCAAAAUAAAAUCUCCUCUAUCUAACGAUGUAAAAUGAGUGAUGCAGAUCCAUUCAUUGUUGUACUUGUUCCUCUGCCAUUUACAUUAAUCUGCAUGGAUGGGAUGGAUAGAAUUCCUUUGGGUAAAAAUAUGAAUAUUAUCUUUUCCUGAAUGGAGUACCAAUAUCUUUUGAAGGGUACCCUUUUGAAGUCUUUCACUCUUUCUUAAGUGCAACAAGGGCCAGUCAAUGAGAAAAAGGACCUUCACUUCACUCUCGUUCUCUGUCUCCAAGUCUUGGUUCAGUUUGUUCCUCUCUCGCCCUAUCUUACUAAUACUAAAGGAGUCGGUGUCAAUAUUUUUAGCUUUAGGUGAGAGACCUGCUUAAUCUAGACCUUUCUUUGGAAGCUGGGAUUCUGCUUACUAUAAGCAGUAAGGGAGGGAAAUGUUGUGGGCAAUUGCGGAAACAUAUUCAAAGAACUCUUGACUUGUCACUUUGGCAAGGUAAACUUUCCUGAUAUAUAUAUGCUUCGGGUUGAUCUCUGUUUUUAUUUGAGUGAUUGAAUUCCUUAGACGGAAGCCCCUAAUAUCUGAUUGAAGCUCUUACCAUAGUUUUCAUAAAUAACUGAAAUACUUUUUUGUCAUUUUAUUUGUCUUUAGCAAGCUUUUUCCACAAGAAUUUGGUUUGGUUUCAAAUUAUUUUCUAGUUCAUGUUUCCAUGGUUUAUUUUGGACUGCUUUUUAUGACAGUUAUAUUUUUUGUUUGCAUUGGUUUUUUGGAUCACGACGCAUGUUUGAGUUUCCAAAUGAAUUAUUUGUGUGCACUUAAGCUAAGCCUCAAUAAUACCUGAAACUGAUUAAAUUACUCCGAAGUCGUGCAUGUUUGUGAAUGAAAUGUUGUACAUUUUUCUUUUGUUUGUCACUCAAAAAUAGGCUGAGGAUGUGAAUUCUUUCCUGUUUACAAAUUGAACCGAACUUUGCAGUAUGCGACUCUGGCAGAAUUUUAUGGACGCCUCUGUUUUCAUUUUGCUCGGUAAAUAUUAGAUACAGCAUGAAUAUGAUACUAAACCAGUCCCAGUAUUUUACAUAAUUAAAUAAGCAUAUAGAUAAAUCCUUGUUACUAGACUACUAGAGCAGUGUUAUUUAAGGCUUAAAGCAAACUGAAGCACUUAGGUCUCCUGUGAUCUAGGCGAGAUGAGAAGUGAGAGCUUCAUCGAAUCAAGGUGAACAAUAUAAAAAACAAGCAAAUAUUUUAGUUUAGUUACAACUAAAUGUUCAAGUUCCUAGUUCUCAAAUGCAGCAAAAAGCAUAAACUUUAAAAUUGAAACAAACACCAGUUAUAUUUCUAAUACUUAUGGCAACCAAAAAUAAAAACAGUGAUACAAUUUAGAAUAUAAAAAGAAUCAAAAUAAAAAAUAAUGUCAUACAAAAUCCAGAAAACAGGCAUCCCAGAAUCUAAAUAGCAACCAAAAUGAAAAAAAACGGCAGGUAAACAAUUCAGAAUAUAAAGAAAUAGAAAAAUAAAAAAAUAAAAAACCAGAAAGCAGGCAUUCCAGAAUAUAAAAGCAACAUAAAAAAUAACCUGACAAACAGCAAAAUAAAAAUAAAACAGAAACACUGAAAUUUUAGGAUUAGACUUUGACUUCAGCCCUCAAGUUUGUUACCAUCCAGCUGCCUCCAAUCCUCGAUCAAUUAUGUCGAAGAAAUUUUAGGGUUACACAUAUAUAUGGAUCAAGUUGCAAUCGGUUGUCAUAUGUCAUAUUGAUUUUUCUGAUCCAAUUCAUGAAAUCUAACAGCCCAAAAAAGAUCCUGAAAGUAAAAUUAAAAAUUUAGUCAAGCGUUCGGUUCUUUGCUUUUGCUUAAGUGUGAAGCUCUUGCUUUUGACACUAAGUUGUUCCUUCCGAAAAUGCUUGCUUUGCCUAAGACACUUUAGGCGACCUGGGCUCGCCUCUCACCUAGGUGGUCACUUAGGCGCGCUUUUAAUUACACUGGCCGACAGUAUGUGUGGCGAACUAGUCAUGAAUGUGUAGACUGAUAUACUCGGAUAUCUUAUUUCAGAUUUGUUUGCAGCCUUAUCUUUUGAGCUACGUGUUAGGAAUUAGAUGAAGUACCUGGUGACUGAGGAUCAAAAAUUCGUUUCUUUUACACCAAAAUGACAAAAAACAUUUCCUUUUCCAUGGAUUCCGAAUUGAAUAUCUUAAUUUUUAUGUUUUAAGGCGUUUUUGAAUAUUUUUUCGAGGUGUUUUGGUAUAUUUUAACCAAUGGUUUAGAAACAAAUUUGUAAAUUUUUUUCUGUUUUUAUUCUAUUUUCAAGCUGGUUUCAAAUUAUUUCUAAAAUGUUUCUGUUUCCAAGCUGACCGAAACAAAAUUUUGGUCCUUGCCCGUGACAUUGUUCUAGUUGGUUCAGUAGUUGGUUUCGGGCUUAUAACAUCGUGAACAUAGUUAUCAAAAUCGUAUGAUUCGCGAUUUGAUUUGAUAUAGGUACAAAACGAUUCGUAUUUUAUAUGAGAAUUGUUUUAGAGUUGAAUCGCACCUGAAUCGUACCUGAAUCGUACAAUUCGAUUCGUAUCACACGAUUCAAUCACUUUUUUUAAAAAAACCUAAAUUUUUGGCAAAACGACAUCGUUUUGUUUGUAGAGAAACCCAUGCUCUAAUAAAAACUCAACCUUUUUGCUCGUUCUCUCUCUGAUGUUGUCUAAAGCUCGCCUUGUGUUGUCUUAAGAUAAAGGUCAGGGUUAACGCUCUCGAAUUAUUGGUUGGUUUUUGCUCUCAAUUUUUUUAUAGGUAAUUUGUUAGGUUCUAAUUUUUUGUUUCAAAAUGUUGGCCUGUAUGUUUUUUCCCAAUCAAUUUUCUUAUUUGUUCUUUUUUUAUUCGUGUUUGUAACCUAAUCUAUAUUGGGUGUCACUAUUUUGAUUUUUGAAUAGUCAUGAUUCUUUAAUGAAUUUUUUUUUUCAAAUUGUUGAAUUUGAAAAUGGUUAAGCAAAAAAAUAAAAAUGAAGUAAAAGUCUAGCGUCUUUUCAUUUAAACGACGUGAUUAUGCCAAUUGAUUAUUUUUAGAAUGCAAUAAUGUUUAAUAUUCAAUGUUUUGUCUAUUUUAAAUAUGUAGUAUUAUU